AUGCUGAAAAUUUAUAAAACUGCGAAAUAUUUGAAAUGUGCUUAUUGUGGUAUCGAACAACAUGCGAAUUCAAUGGUUCUUGUUAAAGAUUCAAUUCGAGAAGAAUGGCCAGCGAGUUUUGCAGACGAAUUUCGAAAAAAAUUUGAAAAAGAGGAAUAUAUUUGUAUAAAACAUAUGAAAGGAUUUGAGAAUGAAAAUGAGGAAGAAGAUGAUGGAAUUCAAUGGUUUUAUGAGAACGGUAGAGUUAGUUCAACUACAUGUGAAUUUUCAUUAAAAAUAUUUUGAUUUAUUUUUAGAAAAUCUGCUUCAACAUGUUUUGUUGUUAUUGUGGCCCUAAAACGAAACCAAUUAGAAUGUGUGCAGUUCCAAGAAAUUAUUAUGAAAUGGAACAUUGGAUUGCAGUAUUUGGAACACAUUUUCGAAUAAACGCUGCACAUCUUCGAUUUCCUUGCAUUUGUCUGCGACAUUUUGAUGAGAAUGAAGUUUUGCCUCGCGGAUUUCUCAAUGGAAUUCCCAUUGAUGUUGUCAUUGAAUUAGAAAAAUGUGUAAGUUUUUUUUUAAUGUUGUUUUGUCACGGAGAUUAUUCUCUCUUUUUUAUAGUUACCAGGAUCAUCUCUAUGUUCACUUUGUAAAUAUUUGCGAGAUAAUCGUUUUUUGGUCAAAGUUCCACGUUCCGAUUUCCAAUUUUGGGUCAAUAUUUUCGGUGCGGUCUUGAAGAAGAAUUGUCAAAAUAUCGUUGAUCCGAAAAUUUGCCGAAGUCAUGUUAUGGAAAAACUGCCAGAGUAUACAUUACCUGCUCAAAAUAUCUGCGAUAUUUAUUUUGCGACACCGAAACCAACAAAAAUUCAAGUAAAAGCUUAUUGUUGUUAUUGUGGAAAGAAGGAUAUUCAAAUGAAAAUGAUGAAUGUUCCAGUUGUUAGAGACACAUUUAUCGAUUGGGUUUGUGAAUUUGGAAUGGAUUUUGAGGAGAAUUGCAGUUUCUUUCGAUAUCCAAUGAUUUGUCAAACACAUGUUAUAAAAUUAAAUAAAAGUGAUUGGAAAAGAUUGAAAUGUACUGAAAGGAACAAACCGAUUGCAUUGAAUCCAAAACCUGAUUUUUCGAUUAGAAGAAUCGAAGAAAGCUUCAGGAAACGUGAACUUUCUGAGGAGCUAAAACCGAUGGAACCUUCAACAUCUUCUGAAUUUCCCGAAGAUUUUGUGUUGAAAAUUGAGCCGCCAGAAAUCAAACAAGAAAUUGAGGAAGAAGAGGAAAUGGAUAUAAAACCAUCAACUUCAGAAAUCAAAUUAGUUCCAAAUAUGAAUAUCUCACCGGAGGUUGCAAAAUUGAUCGAUAUAGCAAAACAUUAUGAAAAGGUUGGGGGUUUUUGGGAUGUUCAAAAAUGUACUGAAAAAUUUUUUUAUCUGGGUUCAAUAUUUAUUUUCUCACAAAAAUAUUGAAUAUCAGAAAAUGAUCAGUGAUCAUUACCCGGAAAUUUCUGUUGAUUUUUCAACAAAGAUCUCAAUUUUGCAGCUUUUCUAUCCACGUUUCGGAAAAUGUUGUUAUUGUCGAUCAUUUUUGAGUGUAAGGCAUAUGAUUCGAGUCCCCAAUGAUCCAAAAUUAUUCGAAAACUGGUGUGAAAUUCUUGGAAACAAAUUCAAAAUGAUUUCGAAUGCUUUGAGAUAUCCAAGAAUUUGUUGGCAACAUUUUGAAGAUACAAAAACGAUUCCAAUCGCAAAUUUGAAAGAUAUUGUAAGUUUUAACUAAUUUUUUCAAAAAAUAAAAUAUUCGAAAUAUUUCAGAGUUUCCCAAUUUGUUGCAUGUAUUGUAAAUUAGCCCGGUAAGUUUUUAUUAAUAAAAAUUUAAUCGAAUUUUUUUUAAUUAAAAUUAAUUUCAGAUCUCAAGGAGCAUGUUUGGAUAUUGUGACAAUUCCAGCUUCAUCUUCCGAAGCCAAAAAGUGGAGAAAGAUUUUGGGAAUUCAAUCGAUAAAUCUGAAUUUGUACAUUUGUUUUAAAUAUUUGGGAAAAAAUAUUUGA